CUGUUUCCUAUUUUUUGUGGUGCUUCUCCUUGUCAAGGUUUUCAUGAUGGAUACCUCCCUUAAUUUGACCAAAGUUGCAGUCUUGUGCACACUUUAUUUGGGAGUAAGCCCCAUUGAUUGAAGUGGGAGAAUUUCAAGCAAAAUUGCAUAAGAUUGUACACUUAAUUUAUAACUCAUACUUGGUAACUUGCAGAAUUAGAUUAUUCCUUAGCAGUAACUUUUCCUAAUUGGUAGAACAAUCUAUUUACAUACUUUUGAAGUUCUUCAGCUAUAUUCUUUUAAUGGCUUGGGGCCAGGUUAUCUAAAGGAUUACUUCCUCCCAUAUGUACCUACCAGAACCUGAGACCAUCUUUGGGGGUCCUUCUUUGGGAUUCCCUUCCAAAGGAAGUAAGGCAGAUCGUUACCAGGAAGAGGGCCUGGUUGUGGCAUCCUGAAUUUGGAAUGAACUAUCCAAAGAGGUAUUCCUGAAACCUACUUUGUAUUCUUCUUGGUGCCAGCUUGUAAAAGCAGCUAAAUGGAGUCUGAGCAGCUGUUCCAUAGAGGUUACUACCGAAAUAGUUACAAUAGUAUAACCAGUGCAAGCAGUGAUGAAGAACUUCUAGAUGGAGCAGGUGUCAUCAUGGAUUUUCAGACCUCUGAAGAUGACAAUUUAUUAGAUGGUGAUGCCUGUAUUGCAGGAACUCAUUAUACAAUGACAAAUGGAGGAAGUAUUAACAGUACAACGCACUUACUGGACCUCUUGGAUGAACCCAUUCCAGGGGUUGGAACAUACGAUGACUUCCACACUAUUGAUUGGGUGCGAGAGAAGUGCAAAGACAGAGAAAGACACAGAAGGAUCAAUAGUAAGAAGAAAGAAUCUGCCUGGGAGAUGUCAAAGAGUUUGUAUGAUGCAUGGUCAGGAUGGCUUGUUGUAACACUAACUGGAUUGGCAUCAGGUGCACUGGCUGGGUUGAUAGAUAUUGCUGCUGACUGGAUGACUGAUUUAAAGGAAGGCAUUUGUCUCAGUGCUCUGUGGUUCAACCAUGAACAGUGCUGCUGGGCAUCAAAUGAGACAACAUUUGAAGAGCGAGACAAAUGUCCAUUAUGGAAAACUUGGGCGGAACUAAUAAUUGGUCAAGCAGAGGGCCCAGGAUCCUACAUCAUGAACUACAUAAUGUAUAUUUUCUGGGCCUUAAGCUUUGCUUUCUUAGCAGUUUCUCUGGUGAAGGUGUUUGCACCUUAUGCUUGUGGCUCUGGGAUUCCAGAGAUCAAAACUAUAUUGAGUGGUUUCAUCAUUAGAGGAUACUUGGGCAAAUGGACCUUGAUGAUAAAAACAAUCACAUUAGUCUUGGCUGUAGCCUCAGGUCUGAGUUUAGGAAAAGAGGGUCCCCUUGUGCAUGUUGCCUGCUGCUGUGGAAAUAUUUUUUCCUACCUCUUUCCGAAGUAUAGCACAAAUGAAGCCAAAAAAAGGGAGGUAUUAUCAGCUGCUUCAGCAGCUGGAGUAUCAGUAGCCUUUGGUGCCCCAAUUGGUGGAGUCCUUUUCAGCCUAGAAGAAGUCAGUUAUUAUUUUCCACUGAAAACUUUGUGGAGAUCAUUUUUCGCUGCUUUGGUGGCUGCAUUUGUUUUGAGAUCAAUCAAUCCUUUUGGUAACAGUCGCCUAGUUCUUUUCUAUGUAGAAUACCAUACUCCAUGGUACCUCUUUGAACUGUUGCCAUUCAUUCUUCUGGGGGUGUUCGGUGGGCUGUGGGGAGCAUUUUUUAUUCGUGCAAACAUUGCUUGGUGCCGCCGACGCAAAUCAACAAAAUUUGGAAAGUAUCCCGUUCUGGAGGUCAUUAUUGUAGCAGCAAUAACCGCUGUCAUUGCUUUUCCAAAUCCAUACACAAGAGUCAACACCAGUGAGCUUAUUAAAGAACUCUUCACGGACUGUGGCCCCUUGGAAUCUUCCUCCCUUUGUGAUUACAGGAAUGACAUGAAUGUCAGUAAAAUAGUAGAUGAUAUUCCUGACCGUCCAGCAGGCACUGGAGUGUAUUCAGCUAUAUGGCAGCUGUGUUUAGCUCUUAUAUUUAAGAUUAUAAUGACAGUCUUCACCUUUGGUAUCAAGGUUCCCUCAGGCUUGUUCAUACCUAGUAUGGCCAUUGGAGCAAUAGCUGGGAGAAUUGUGGGAAUUGCUGUGGAGCAGCUUGCUUAUUAUCAUCAUGACUGGUUUAUCUUCAAGGAAUGGUGUGAAGUUGGAGCAGACUGUAUAACACCAGGCCUCUAUGCUAUGGUUGGUGCUGCUGCAUGCUUAGGUGGUGUAACAAGGAUGACUGUAUCUCUAGUCGUUAUUGUAUUUGAGUUAACAGGUGGGCUAGAAUACAUUGUGCCCCUCAUGGCUGCAGUGAUGACAAGCAAGUGGGUAGGAGAUGCUUUUGGCAGAGAAGGCAUCUAUGAAGCCCACAUUCGUCUGAAUGGAUAUCCUUUCUUGGAUGCCAAGGAAGAAUUUACCCACACAACACUGGCUGCUGAUGUCAUGAGACCUCGAAGAAAUGAUGCACCCCUGGCAGUGCUAACACAAGACAACAUGACCGUUGAUGAUAUAGAAAAUUUGAUCAAUGAAACCAGCUAUAAUGGUUUCCCUGUUAUAAUGUCAAAAGAGUCCCAAAGAUUAGUGGGAUUUGCCCUAAGAAGAGAUUUGACUAUUGCAAUAGAAAGUGCUAGGAAAAAGCAAGAAGGCAUUGUUGGCAGUUCAAGAGUGUGCUUUGCCCAGCAUACCCCAUCACUUCCUGCUGAAAGCCCUCGACCUUUGAAGCUUAGAAGCAUUCUUGAUAUGAGCCCAUUUACAGUAACGGAUCACACACCAAUGGAGAUAGUGGUGGAUAUUUUCCGCAAACUGGGUCUAAGGCAGUGCCUUGUAACACACAAUGGGAUUGUCUUGGGGAUCAUCACAAAGAAGAACAUAUUAGAGCAUCUCGAGCAACUAAAGCAGCACGUCGAACCCUUGGCGCCUCCUUGGCAUCAUAACAAAAAAAGAUAUCCUCCGUCAUAUGGCCCAGACGGCAAACCAAGACCCCGCAUCAAUAAUGUUCAACUGAACCCAAUAACUGAGGAGAGAGAGGAAAGUGAAGAGGAGGUUCAUUUGUUGAAUAGCACAAUACUUUAGCAUCAGGCAUUGCUUUGCAGUGCAAAAGGGAAGCUGGACUUUUGAAGAAGCAUGCUGCUAGAAUUCAGGAGUUGAUUUAGGAGAAAGCAGAAAGAAAUGGAAAAUGGUUGUUCCUCAAAGUAGCAAAGAAGGUGUGAACAAAGAUCUGCAAUCCUGCACUGGAUGUGUUCUGCGUUUCUAGAUCUGCCAUGAUAGUGCAGUUGAAAGUUGUGUCCGAUGAUAGAAGGCUCCAAUGUGUACCUUGCUGCUUUAGCAUUCAAGAAAUUGAUGGUAGUCCCUGUUUCUGGAGGGAUGAUUUUGAAUUGAGCCAUCUUUUGAAGACUGACAAAUUUUGCCCUUUUUACCACAGACAACUGUUGUGUUAACUUGUGAAAUGUAUAAUUAUUCCACAUCACCUCUUUACAUUCCAGAAGAGCUUUUAUUUCUCUCUCCUCUCCUGAUCAGUAACAGAGCCUCUUAACAAUUGGUGUGUCCUUUUGAAAUGGUAGUUUCUCAUAUUGAGAUGUACUGUGACUUGCUGAGUAUGUUCACAAGAAGAAAGUAUUUCUUGUGCCAUUUAAACCCAGACUUUGAUUAUCAUGAGAGUCUUGUGACAGUUUAGAUCUACUGUAGCAAAAGCAAAUUGAGCAGGUAUAAUAACUUGUGCAAAGCAUGAUAGAAAACCUGCAGUUCCUGAGCUGCAUCUUAAAGAGCCAAAACCUGUCUCAAGAAGAAUAUUUCUGUUGCAAGAUUAUAAUGUGACCUGGGCUUAUGCAAUUUUUGUAUUAUUAAAAACACUAAGGUAUAUACUAACUUUGUGCAGUGUGAGGAAAAUACUGCUAUUCUGCUAAGAACAGAAACAGGUCUGUAUAAAUGUGUAUUUGGCAACAACUGCAUGCUCAAACACUGGAGAUAGCCAGCUAAAUCAAGAAACAUCACUUUUUCUGUUCCUACAAAAAAGAGAAAAAUUGUAAUCAAUUUGCACUAGCUAUCCAUAUUUUACCAUGGUUUUAUUUAUAUUUUUAUGGAUUAAACUAUACUAAAUACAAAUUAAUAGUCACACAGUUAAUUUUACCUUUAGAAGAUGAUUUUUAUACAAUAAUUUAAAAUAUUCCAUAAGCAAAGAUGACUUGGGCAAAAACUUACCAAUGGGGAAAGGGUUUAUUUCUUUGUAAUGUAGCCUGACAUUUGAUUACUGUAACCUUAAAGUUACUUUUUUUAAAAGGAAAGAACUCAAAUAUUAAGAGACUUGCCAUUUGCAAAUAUUCCAGGAUUAAAAAAAAUUAAUCUUUUAAUUAUUCACUCAUGACCAUUCAAUUUUUAAUUUCAGGAACUUUGAAACAUAGCAGCUGAAAUGAUAAUUCAAAACAACUGUUAUUUGAAAAGUUUUGUAAAGUUUUAAUCCCAGCUCCAAUAUACACAAUUUACUUGACAACUGGAAUUUUUUGUUGUUGUCUUCAACAUUUCUGUAUUUUGAAUGCUCAUUUAAUAGAUAGAACACAUCUAUAAAGUCUUCAGAUAAUGUUAUUUUAAGCUAUUGCCCAUAAUAUAACUGAAAAAAUAACAGAGAGAUAUGACAGAUGAACAUUUCAGGGCAUCACAUCUUGUAACACUGGAGGCAUAUUGAGUAUUCAGAUAUUUAUUGUGCGCAUAAAACUGUGCUAUGGUUGAGGGUUGCAUUAAAACUCUGUAUGCACACUGUAGCUUCUGACUGUGUUCCUGCCCAGUAGACCCCAUCAGUAAAACAAAAUAGGUCAGCCAAUUUUGACACUCUGGGAUUUCAAAAAUUGUUUGCAAAGCUGCACCAACCCUUGUAACUUUGGCUAAUGCAUAAUGAUCAGCCACAAUUAUUUGCAGCUGCACAGGAGUGAGCACACUGUUUCCUGUUUAGUUGUUGCUUCUGUUUUGCAUCAGGUUUUGCAAGUAACUCAGGAAUACCCCAUUUCUGAGUUCAUCAGCAUGACGUGUGCAUCUGUGAUUCCUCAUUGUUUCUUUAGCUUAUAAUAUUGGGUCUGAUUGUUACACCAAACAAACAAGAAAUGUCUACACCACAUGCAAAGCAGAAGUGGCAAAUAGCCCUGAUAGUCCCUAGGUUAAAGAACCCACCAGUUACAUGGGAACUAGGGUAGCUCUCAGGCUUGUUGCCAGAGUAAUUUAACCUGUUUCUUCCCUCCCUCCUCCUUUUCUAUAUAACAUAUGACACCAAGAUAUUCAGGAUCUUGAUUUGAGAAAACCUAAAGGAGUAUCAGAAUCAAUCUAGUGAGUCUGUAUGACUGCAACCUGCUUUUAAGAACUGGAAAGACGUAAGGAAGUGCUUUGUUAAUGUGACCCAAAUACUGUUUUUUUCUUUUUUUAAAAUCCUGGUUAAAUCCUUAUAAUGGUUCUCUCCAGUUUCUGAUAGUUCAAUGUGUUGAGACAAAUUUUUAGAUUUUGCUUUUAACUCAAUGAUAUGAACUUUAGGUAAAAGUACUUUUGAAAAAUUGUUCUUUGAAUUGGAUCUAAAGGCAAUGGUCCAUUGAUAGAAAAAACUUGCCCUGUUGGAAGAAAAAAACCUUUGGAACCAAUUCAUUCUGUUGGGUCACCUUUUUUUAAGCUAGUUAAAAUCAGUAACGUGACUAUUCUUUUUGUUGCUUGGGUAUAAAAUUGGCAUACUUUUUCAUCUUGAGCCUUUUACUAUGUAAAUCAGUGUUAAACUAAACAUAAUUUGCUCUAUGUAUAAAGACACUUCAGGAGAUGCUACCAUCCAACAUUCUCUUUAAACUAAAAAUAAUGAAAAAAAAAUCCUCUGCCCUUGGCUGUAAUCAAGUACAUCUAAAAUAUUUUUUUCUUUAACAAAUUCUGAUUUUGAAAGCCUGCUACUGAGUUUGAAACUCCACUCCAGCCUCUUGCUCUGGUAUAAGGCACUCAAGGUAUCUACAUUGCAUAAAUUCAGCACCCUCAGACUACCCUCUGCAGCAUGGGGUGAAAAUAUAGUAAUUCAUGCUCCUGUGUGUCUUAACUGUUAGAUCUUCACAUUUGGUACUUCUAUAUUGUGCUGAUCUAAUGCACUCUGUUUGCUGUUGUUACCUACUCAGUUUUCCUUACAGGCACAUGAGAUAUCUCUGCUCGUCAUGCUGCAUUAGAGAUUCUGAACUGAAAUUCAUGUGCCUGUGAUGUUCAGCAGAAAGGGUUUACUACUCAUAAUGUAAAAACUUGCAGCGCCUUAUUUUGGUUGGGAGAGGAUGUUUGUGUUUUGGGGGUGUCAGCAUCUUUUUUGUUUGUUUUUAACAGUUCAGUUGAUGGUUCAUGAAGAUUGCAUAGGUUGUUAAUCUGUGAUAUUAUCUAGAGUUGUAUUGAACAUUGAUCUUAAUGUUUUUAUUUAUACUAGUGUGGUAGAGUUGCAUAUCAUUGCAGUAAAAUAACCUAUUACUGUGAUGAUUUCAUUAGAAAACAUUAAAAAAUUCUGUAUUACCA